AUGAAGAAUGACAACACUGUUCAUCUUUAUUUUGAUUACCCUAUUGAUGCUAACCUUGAAAUUAUUGACGAAAACGUGGUGUCUGACGGUAGCAGUAAGAGUGUGGUUGAAAUCAAUCCACCUGGUCAGACUAAUGAGAGGGAGAAUGAAGCUAUGAAUGAGGCCACUGGUGAGGUUAAUGAGUUGAAUAAGGCUUUGAGUGUUGUUGUGAAUGAAACUGUGAACGAAGUUGUGACUGAGGCCACUGUUGAUGUUAACAAGUUGAACAAAGAUGGGAACACUACAACAAAUGCUGCACCCCCUAAUGCAGACACCAUACCUGCAGCAUCUACCUUGGGUAGACCAUCAACUAGCUCAGAACCAGCACCUCCAAUGACCACAAGGCCAACAGGACCAACACCAACAAGGAGAGGCAGACCUACGUUUGUAAGGGGUAACCCAGUUCUGCCAAGGGGAAGAGGCAGCACCACUCAAAGAGGAUUGAUAGCCACCUCAACAACACCUCUAACUCCCACACAAAAUGCAGCAGCUGCACCACCACCCCCUGCUCAACCUAGGGUUGUCAAGCCUGCUAUUGGGUCUAAAUCUCAAAUUCCAGCCUCACCAUCUAGUGUUGCAGUCCCAUGUAGUGGGUCUGGGUCAAUGCCACAAGGUCCAACAGUUAGGCCCACUCUUUAA